AUAUUUCAAACAUCAAAGAUGUCGCCGUACAGUAAUAAUCAUUGUCGGCUAUAUUUUAUGACAAAAAAUGAUAUCGUUCAUCGUUUUUUCACGCCUACACAUUAUAUUAUUUUACUAUAUAACCGGUUUAAUGUUCUGUUCCCUGUCAUAUACUUCUUUAAUUGAUGUAUGAUUUAUACAUGGAUGUUAUGGAGAUGACAAAUGAAGAAUUCUUGUUCAUAUUGAACAACAUCAAAACAGAACCAACUUCUGAAGAUGAUCAAGACUAUUUGAUUGAAAAUGAAAUAUCUUCUUCUUCAGAAGAAGAGAUUGGAGAAGAAGAAAUAGUUUCGAAUACAUUAAUAAAUAAUACAAAGAUAGAAGAGCACUAUAAAUAUGCCAUGAUAAAAAAAAUAUUCUUAAAAGAUGGACGAUAUUAUCCUUACAAGAAGAAACCUAUUGGUGUAGUUCGGGCGUUAAUUAGGUUUAGACCUAAUGGACGCUUUUGGGGUAAACAAAAAAUUCGGAAUUCCGUAUAAGCCUACUUCACAAGGUCAGGUGGAGAGGCAAAAUCAAACAAUUAUAGACAUGAUAUCACAUUACGUUCAGGAUAACAAUAAGUGGGUAGAUUAUUUACCAUACGUUGUAUAUGCCUAUAACACUUCAAUACAUUCGGUUACAAAUUAUACGCCGUUUUAUUUAGUUCAUGGCUAUAAUCCUAAGAGCAUGUUUGAUAUUGCACUAAUUCCCCCUUCCGAUGGGAUCGUUAUC